AUGAGCCGACGUUUGCGUUCGCACUUACCAACUACCCCAAAUCAACUUCAGCCAAAAGUUGUUGAUCCUGAGAGAAUGAAAGAAAAGUUCGAAGAAAAACAAAGAAAGCAAAAACGAUAUUAUGACAGAGGGUCCACGGAGCUUCCCGCAGUGCAAGAAGGAGAAGCAGUACGAGUACAAGUACAGAAUAAGUGGAAACCAGCAGUGAUCAAAGAGAAACUGGAAACACCUAGAUCGUACAUCAUUCAAACACCCAAUGGUCAACGAUUUAGAAGAAACAGAAAUCAUAUCAGAAAGCAGAAGUAUGGUGUUCAGAUAUCAAGACAGUGGGAACCAAUUGAAGAUUUCCAGUCUGAUGGUGCCAGAGAAGUUCGUGAGGAACAAGUCUCAGAGCCAAGUUCUGGACAAUAUUAUAAAACUAGAAGCGGACGAUUGAGUAAGCCACCUGAGAGAUAUCAAGCAUGUUAA